AUGAGUACUACCAUCACCACCACACCUAUCCCGCGAGAAGUCGUCAACUGGGACAUUUUGGACGAGAUCGUGUCGCUGGACGAGGACAAUCCGGAUUUCUCGCGUAACUUGAUCGAGCAAUUCCUCGAGCAAGCCAGCACGACGUUUGCACAGAUUGACGCGGAAUUGCAAGGGAAGCGCGACCUUGCACAACUCGCGUCGUUGGGCCAUUUUCUGCGUGGAUCCUCUGCUGCGCUAGGGCUCCAACGGAUCGCAUGGGCGUGUGAACGGAUUCAAAACCUUGGUCGCAAACGUGAGGGCGCUGCAGAUCCUGCAGCGCCCUUGAGCGACGAUUUUUACGCGGACCAAAUCGCCAGUGCACUUGCACAGGCGCGUGUCGAAUUCGACGUUGCGAGACAGGAACUGUCCAAGUUUUACGGCACACUACUGUGA